CCUAUCUUCUUCCCCUAGACGUAAUGCCGUCAUGUGAUCACACAUUCAUUCUUUAUACUUAGCAUUGGCCUACUAGUGUCAUCUUUAAUUUAUUUGGUUUCUGACUUUAAUCUAUGUGGUUUCUGAUACCGGAUGCUAGCUACCCAUGCAUGUUGUCUCGUGCCGGAUCGGUGCAUAAGACCGAGUUUCUGCGUCUUAGUUAUUUUACCGGAAGGAUAAAGAGGAACUGGUGCUUGGGAAGUUUUGUUCAACUGCUGCUCUUCGAUCACCGACCUUCCUAUCAACGUCUUGUUUAGUCUUUCGAACUACUCAGAGCACUUCUUGCAUUUUGAACAGAAUUCGCCUUGAUCAUUUGCAAUGCCGAGACGAUUACUUAAUGCUAAAUGGUCCAGUUCUCUUUAAGUGAUUUAUCCCCGUGUUGCUGUUCAUGUUGUUUAAGGGGGAACAAUUACUUAACGAAGCCACCAACUGCAUGGGAAAGACCUUUUCCCAUUUGGUAACUUGUAGGUUCCAAAUUGCCGCAGUUCAGUAUUAAUUACGCCAGCGUAUUCAAAUAAGGAUAUCUUGUCUCACUUACUGAUUAAUUUGUGAGAUAUUAAAAGAAAAAGAAAGGUGAUUCGAUACUUUGGGAAUAUCAGUCCAAUACAGCUUUUUAGCACCGAACCGAACUCUACCGGUUUGACAAGUUGUGUCGUUGCAGUUAUCUUACGCGAGUUGAGAUUGUCGUUCCAUCCCUUGAGAAGAUAGAUAAAGCAAUAUAAAGCUGAAAUUGUCAGUAAAUAGUCCAUAUAAUACGGAUACAAUUAGUUCAGUUGCUGUACGUGCCACUUUUGCGGAAAACCACAGAAUGGGGGUUAGGCGGAGGUCAAUGUGCCAAGAUUAAGUUCCAGCCCUUUAGAAGCGAGAUAAAGCCAAAUAAAGCGGAAAGGGGGAUAUCAAACAGCCCAUAUCAUAGGGAUACAAGAAGGUAAGACGUUUGCACAUGCCACUUUAGCAGAAAACCAGAGGGGAAUAUGGGGGAAGGGGGCCUGAGGGUAGGUCAAUGUGUCAAAAUGGCGACCGGCCUGCCAGGCGCACGAGGACAGAAAGACGUCGUCUGCUGCGCUGACACAAAGUCGCUUCUUCUUCUCCUCGUCUUUCGCCUCGGCAAAAUCAAUUCAUGGCCCCCUCGAAGUCCUGAUUCCCGUCUGCUUUUAUUUAUUUUGGAAGUGUGAAUGUAGCAGCAAGGUCGGGAGCCCGAAAUUAACAGGUUCUGAACUCAACAUUCAAAAGUGCCUCUUGUCUUGGAUAACUUGAAAUCAUCCAUGGCCAGUCAUAUGUUCACACCAUCUUUUGAAUACCUGGGUUAUAAAAUGCGAAUAGGACUGAGUGCCCUUGUAUGGACGGUGGUUGUGCUUGGCGGGGCUUCUCUGAUUGGUCGAGUUGUUCACGUUCUCAGUGUUGACGUCAGAGAAUUCUCUCCAGAUAAUCAUGACCAUGAGAAGGACGGAAAGGAUUCAAAGCAGGUGCACAUUAAUGCCAAACCUAAUCGUCUUGUUUGGUUUGUUCAGAUAUCUGAUCUACACCUAAGUGUGUUUCAAGAUCCUACCAGAGUGUCGCAGUUGCGAGAGUUUGCUACUUCAACUGUUGGUACCAUCAGUCCAGCUGUUGUUUUGGCAUCAGGUGAUCUGACAGAUGCCAAGAAUAUGGAUAUGCUAGGCUCAAAGCAGUAUAUAGAGGAGUGGGCUACCUACAGAGAUAUUUUGCAUUCAUCGGGUGUCCUCAACAAAACUGUCUGGCUAGACAUAAGAGGAAACCAUGAUAACUUCAAUGUUCCGUCUUUAUCCAGUGAUGAAAAUUUUUAUCAAAAAUAUAGUGUUCAGGGUCAGCACAGUAAGAGGUCUUAUAUAUAUACUCAUAGAUAUGGACCAGACUCCAUUGCCUUUAUUGCUGUAGAUGCAUGCCUUUUACCAGGACCCAGGAGGCCUUUCAAUUUUAUUGGGGUUGUCACUAACUCUGAAAUGAAGCUUUUGCAAGAUUUUGAAAUUGCCAGUCGCCAUAGUAAUUACACAAUUUGGUUUGGUCACUACCCUACCUCCUGUAUACUUUCACCGGAGCCAGGAAUUCGUCGUUUGAUGGGUAGAGGUUUGGCAUAUAUGUGUGGUCAUUUGCACACUCUUGGAGGCCUUGUUCCCAAUAUGUAUACACGACAACACACAGGUUCUCUUGAACUAGAACUAGGUGACUGGAAGGACAGUCGCAUUUAUCGUGUCGCAGCGAUAGAUCAUGGGCUAUUUUCAUUCACUGAUGUGAAGUAUGGAUCUUGGCCAGUUAUUCUUGUCACCAACCCAAAGCAUGCCCUUUUUGCCAUGGUUCAUCAUGAACCAUUGCACCUUAUGCUGGAGUCUUCUCAUAUACGAGUGCUGAUUUGGUCGGUUUCACCAAUAACUGAAGCAAGAGUACGAGUAGAUGACUCGGAAUCUUGGUUAUUACUAUCCCAUGUUGAAGGACCAUUAUAUGUAUCAAGAUGGAAUGCUUACAAAUAUGCAGAGGGAAUGCACUUGUUGGAGGUACAUGCAAGAGAUGCUAGUGGCAGAGAGGCUACAGUUAUUCAGGAGUUCUCACUCGAUGGGUCUCAGCCAUCGUUCCGGUUCUGGCCAAGGGCAUUGCUCAUGUCCAAUAUAUCCAUGUUUUUCCAGUUCUUGUUUGGUAUAAUGGUGUGCAUAUGUGUUGUUCCACUGUGUGUACUUCGGUACAUACAUCAUCUGGUUCUUGAAAGGCGCAUGCUUCGGCCACGUUUAGGAUGGAAAUUAUGUAACACCUGGCUUAGAAAAUUGUGGGUCUUAGUUACUGUUGAUCGUCUCUUUUGGCCCCUUGUCAUGACAUCAGUUUAUUUACCCUUGGGUCCUUGGUUUGUUGGAGAGGUAAUUGAGGACCACAUAGGAGUUGUGUUUGCAUGGGGAACCUUUGUUAAUAGAAGCUACCUUCCUGGCUCAUUGACAUAUGCCUAUGGAUUCAUGCAGUUGCUUUUGUUCCAGUUCCCACUUAUUUUUGCUAUUGCUCACUCCGUUGAUUUUAGAUUUUGGUCAUUGUACAUAAGUCCUGUCUGCAGCUUUUCUAGAUAUCUCUGCCGACAUGUAUGUCUCCUCAUUCUAAUUACCAUUCAGUUAAUAGCUGCAUAUUUCUUUUACCUGGCAUAUGGAACAAUGGCAAUGCUUCUAGGACCAUUGCGCACAUGGUCUGCUAUUUUGGGUUUAGUGUUGUGGCACCAGGCCACAACGAUGCAUCGAGACCUUUUGAGAGGAGCUGCUGAAGUAUGGGCCCCAGAUCAUUGUGACUGGAAAGAAGAUAAAUCAAACCAACUCACUGAUGAUGAGAACAAAGUAACUCAGAGCAACUUGUGAUUUUUUCAAUGUUAGUCAGGUAUUUCUCAAACAAUAUUUCAAGAGUGUGAAUUGCUACUAAAAACGAAAUUAUCAGGUAUUUGCUAUGUAACAAUGAUUUAUAGCUUUUAUUGGCAGCGCAGUAGCUUCUUAAAUAUUUCAUACUUUAAUGUUGACUUCUUGUACAGUAUUUAAUAACAGUGGUGUGUAUACCAGUAGAUGUCACCAAGGAGUUGGUGAGUAAGUCUAGUAGAUGCUUUUAAGUGAACAGCUCUUGCAGUUCCUUAAAUGUACUUAAGAUUGUAAGUUAGGUUCUUGAGCAAGUGUCAUAACUGACACUGCCCAUCAGGUUAAUUCUCUUUGGACGGAAACUCAUAAUUUAGACAGCCAAGGCUAAAGAUGUAUCGACGUACAAAGUCCUUGACCAUGUCCUCAUUUUUUUUUAUUUAUCUUCACUACUUAUAUUUGACAGAAUGCUGUUAAAAUUAACUUGUUUUUCCCAUUCAUCUUUGUAUAAUGAUGUUGUCUUUCAUAUUUAUAUGCUGUGCAAGUUCUCAGUUUUGACUAGUGUGUGUGGUACAGAUUUUAGUCUAGUUUUAUGACUGAUUCAGGUGUAUGUAUUUUAUUUAAAAGAUUGCGUAUGGCCAUUCCUUCCAGAAUGCUAAUUGACUGGUCAUAUUCAAGAUAUUUUGAGGUUGUAUGAAAACCAGUUCAUUUUUAUGGGUUUUAUUUGUAACUUAUUUUCAAGUGGAGGUUGAGUUUUCUCUUUGUGCUUUCUUUAAUGUGGGGUGAUAUAUGUACUUUUAACUAUUCCAUUCACACUCUCUUUGAUUAAUUGAUUGUUUAAUUAGUAGGUUUUUGUUAUUUUAAUACCAUUUCAUGUUGUCCCUUCAGGUUUUUGUGUGUGGAUU